AUGGCUGGUAUUCAUUCAUCAUCCAUGAGGUUGGUCUCUGCUCCUUUGGAAGUUCUGGCUGUUCAGGAAGAGGAUGGCAUUCCCUUACAUCUGAUCUCUUCCAAUCAUCCUUCGCUCGAGGAUGGAUACGAUCAAACAGCUUUAAGCACUUCUUGCUACACGAAACAAAACUUUGUUUUAAUCACUACUCCAUUCGCUUCUUCAUCUACGCUGGAACUACGUACCUUUCACCUUCACUCAUCCGCUGUCAAUGCAGCACCCCAUCAUAUCCAAUUUCCCGCUCCAAUCCUGCCCGGGAUACGACUCAUUGAAGGAGAAGACGAAUCGGUACUUUUGCAAGCAUGUACAUCAACAGGAUACGCCUAUCGGAUUCACAUUCCUCUGAAUCUCUUACAUUCAGUGGAUGAUAUACCUAAUCGUUGGAUGGUUGAACAGCGUCUCAGCAAUGUAUCCACAGAUGUAAGAACUGUUGCUCGCGAAAGUACUCUUUCCAUAACCCACUGCUCGAAUGACGGACAGAUCAUGCUCAUAUCUUGCUCAGAUGGCAAGAUGAUAAAAUUGGCAUGGGAGGGCAAUGACGGAUCUGACGGACACAUGAAUGGAUCAUGGCAUGAAUCGGUACUACGACCAACUACAUUCUUCGGACGAUUAUUUGGCAGAGGGGGAUCUUCAAACGCUACUCCGCAUAUCUCAUCCAUAGCGACAUAUGCUCGAUCAGCAUCCUGGUCUAGCACAUUAGGCUUUACCAUUAGUCAAGAUAGGAGGAUGCGGGUGUGGGAUCUCGGAAGCGAUGCGUGCAUUCGAACAAUCGAAUUACCUCAAGGCAGCUCUACAGAAACAGAUAUGGUUGUGGGAGGUGCAGAUACGGAAGAUGAAUCUCGCGAAAGCUCGCCUGUCCCUUUCAAUCGACCUGCAUUUAUACGAACAAUUUCGGUCUCGCACAAUGACGGCAGUAGUCCCUACGCUUUGUAUGUGCUGGUCUCAGUGCCUGCUUCGGGAACGACAAACUCUUUCCUUGCAUGCUAUGGUAUCCAAUUGAGCGAGAUCUCAUCUUCUUCAAGUCGUCACUAUAACGGAAGUGUGGGAGACAUUGAUCUCCUCUGGCAACGCCGAUUCGAUCAUGAUGUGAGUCAUUCGGAUGUCGAACUACGCGAUAUGAGCAUCAUACCAUUAGAUGAUCAUUGGGAUAUUUGGUGUGUCUGGGAUGCCGCCGGAAGGACCGUAGUCAAGAAGCUACCUAUACAUGGAACAUCAUCUUCGAGUAAAGGGGAUGAAAAGUGGCUACCGGUAAAUCUUCCGAUCUCGUACUCGUCACUAUUUGGAGAAGAACUGGAUGAAGAUCUGAGUGAUCUUGAUGCAGCAGACUUGGGACCCUUUUUCAUCCAGCGUAUCGUGGAGCCAGGCCGGUUCAGUGUAGGCAGCCUUGAUGAGGCAACGAAAGCGUACGAAAAAGCAUUGCUUUCGAGGCAAGUCGAUCCUGUUCACCUUCCGACCACAAGUUCGAUACAGUCGAAUAUACGUGAGCAUAUUUUGGGUCUGGUAGGCUGUACUGUUCAGUUGAGGCAAGACGAAUCGACGGGAGCGCCAAUGUAUGAUGAAUAUUUCGCGGAAUUGAAACGAGAAUGGAUCAUUUUCAUCAGUCUUUUGAGACAAGCGGACUCGAAUGAACGUUGGCCAAUCUCUUUUGCUGGCGAACGGAAAGAUGCAUCAGGAUCCUUCUAUACACCUUUCGUGUCUUCCAGAGGAUGGCUAUCUCGACCUGUAGAGGAAGAUGAAGCAUGUUCCCUUCUGCGCCGAGGACAUGCUGAUGAAGAAGACGAUCAACUUGACGAUGAAGAUCAAUGCAAAGAUCUAAUAGAAUUUGGCCUCCAGCUAAAAGCAAACAUACAAUCGCACGCACUUCGUCAAUUCGAAACGGCCCUUGAUGAAACUCUCUCUACGCAACCUUCGAGGGUUAUCGAAGAUGUGGCAGAUGCGCUUUGGACGACACACCUAGUGGAUGCUUUAUCUCUAGAUGAAGACGAACUGAAGGACGGGUUUGCUUCGAUUGAAUCAGACUUUUCCGGCACUGUCAGCAAUAUUCUUUCGACACUACAAAGCACAUCACCAAAAAGCAAGACACAGGGCAUGUCGAUCUCUUACGAGAAUACAGAAUUAUUCACAGCUUUCGCCUCGGACGCUUUGACGCAAAUUAUUUCAGACAAACUCCAUUUGGCUAAAGUGCUUAUGUUUGUUGUACUAUCUGCACAUGCCGGCUUUUUCGAUCAUGAGGAGAAGACGUACACCGAUGCAUCUAUUUCGGAAUUAGUCCGACAAGUAGUGAUUACAUAUCACAAACUGUCAGCUUUGGACCUUGCAGCACAUAUCGACGGAGUAGCAGAGGUCACGUUCAAUGAGCCCAAACUUGAGGAGGAUCCAAAUGAUGCUGAUCAAGUUGCCAAAAAGAUCGGACAGCUACAAUUUAACAGUCAGAAAGAGGAGAUCACACUUUAUAGUGAUGCCACUGCUUCGAAUUUGGUGCAUAGAGCAUUAUUGCGAGGGUUUAUUCCAAAUCUUGUGCAAGAGAGUGAAUCUUGGUUCAGUAGCAUCACUCAAUACGCCUCUGAUGCGCUUCGAUCACUGGUUUUUUUCAAUGAUGACUCAGAUGUCAUCGAGGCUGGCACAUCUUUUGUUCAAUUCGCAAAUCAAUGCCUCGUUAGUGGUCAUCCACUGGCUGCCAUUGAGUUGAUGAAAAAGUUUCCGCCUUCAAGCGCUGGACAUUUUAUAACAGGUCGCAGUCUUCUUGCAUUGGGUGAUGCAGCUGAUGCCGCAAUAGCAUUUGAGAAGGUUUUACCUUCUUUUGAUCACUGGUCUGAUGAGCAAUCGUCACUGGGCAGUGGGCUAUACGAGAUACUACCAGCAAAUAUCCGGGAUGCUGAAACGGCAAAUGAAGCCGCUUUUCUGUUCUGUAGAUUGGCAGUUUUACACUUUAGGAGGGCAAGGUAUUUGCCACAUGUUGCUCGCUUUGCAGCAUUGGCUCUAUCGUAUGCAAAUUCUGCCGGUGCAAUCGAACGAAAAUACAAGGUACGAGAACUUCAUUUGGCACUAUUUCGUAGCCACAUCGAAAUGGAAGAGUUUGCUGAUGCAUACUUUCAUUUGUUGGCCAUUCCAUUUGAUGAUCUACAACGAGAAAGCUUGCGUACUCUAAUUUCCAUCAUGUGCGAACACGGACGAGUGGAAGAAUUGUUGUCGUUCAACUUUGCUGGAUUGCAAGCAGAACUGGAGAGAACGUUGAGCUUCAAAGCCAGAAAUUCAGAUCCUUUGCAUGAGGGCGUUAAUUAUUAUCACAUUUUAUACGCUUUUCAUGUACGGAGAGGUGAUUUAAAGAGCGCCGGCGCAACGAUGUGGCAAAUGGGUGUACGGAUUAGAGACAUAUACCGCAGAAGAAUCGUUCAAGCAAGAAGGGCUCAAUACAGCGCCGGUCUUCUAUCAGCGAAUUAUGACGAGGACGAACAGAAGCAGCUGCAAGGCUAUGCUAUUCUCGAGGCAGAAUGCUAUUUGGCAAGUAUCAACGCUUUGAGCUUGAUCAAUGAGGACAAUGCAUGGUUUGCCCAUGAAGUAUCAGAAGGCGAAGAUGACAUCUUGUCAAAGAUUGAGUCAGCAAGGUUGACCUCGUUUUUGCCGUCUUCUUCGUUCCAAUCCAAGACGAGGGAAAUUCGUAUUGUACAUGUUCGGGAUGUACGAAAGCGAUAUCGUCUCCUAUUGGCGCAAUUGGAACUUGUGGCUUUGUAUCCUGAUGAGGCUAUUGCAAUCAUGACGUCAAAUGCAAAUGAUGCGACGAGUGCGGUGGACUUGUUUGUUCGAGAUCAAGAUUUCGAACGUGCAUUGAUGCUUGCUCGAAGUGCCAAAGUGGAUCGAACGCAAGUCUAUGUUGCUUUGACGGAUCGUUGUCUAGAAUUGGCACGUUGGGAUGAAGAAAGACAGAAGAAAAAUAAAGCUUUACGCAGUGGCGAAGAUGAGCAUCCUUUGAUGCGAGCCUUGUUCGAUGAUCAAGAUAUGACAGAUUUCAGUCUGGCGAAUCUUGGACGUGAGAACGCAGAAUUGAUUUACGAAGAAAAGAGUGCACCAUCUGCAAGAUUUUUGGAACGGAGUGACCGAUGCGUUUCCUGGCAAGGAUCUUCAAGUCAACGUGCUUGGCGCUAUCUCCGUCUUUGGCUUGACAUGGAGAAUGAUGACGGCAAUGAUCAAUUCGCAAAGGAGCGUUACUACAUUCAAGUUCUGCGACGAAUUUUAGGGAGACAAUGUUGGAGCUUGACGCCUACGUGGUUGUUGGACUGGCUGCGUGAGAAUGAAGCGAACAAAUUCAUUCGUACUUUGCUCGAUCAUGAUUAUAUCAAUGUUGCUCUGGAAGAGUCUUGUCGAUUGGUCAAACGUUCAACAGAGUACGUCUCUACUUCAGCCAAACGUCGAAAGACGGGCGAGCCAAUUGCUUCUCAAACAUACUUGCCGUAUCUUCUGUUCGACGAAUUGCUCAAGCGUGGCGAAGAAGCUCCUUCAACCAAUCCAACAAAUACCUCCCUUUUGGAUCAAAGACAGACUGCCAAAUCUUUACGCGACAGUAUCGAAGCACACAAAGAACAAUUGAAGCGCAUUGAGUCUGGCAUUCGAAGAAAUUUGGAUGAAGAUGAACUUCGUCAACGUAAAUUGACAGCAGCUGCAUUGAAUCAACAAGAGGCACGCAACAAUACUGAGCAAGACGCACAAAUGACAGAUUCAUAA